UUGACGGUGAUGGUGUUUUGUUUUUAAACCGGUGGGCGGCUUCGUUAGGGUUUUUCAAGUGUUCUCUGAGAUUUAGGGUUUUUCAAGGAAUUACGCGGUCAAGCUAUGGAUCCCAAUUCCCUUAACUCAGCUGAGAUGCAACGAUUCCUCAAUCAAGAAAAAGAAAGAGCCAUGGUCAAUGAGAUGGUGGCAAAGCUUACAAGCGUAUGCUGGGACAAGUGCAUCACUAGUACACCAGGGAGCAAGUUCAGCUCCAGCGAAUCAUCAUGUUUAUCGCACUGUGCUCAGCGAUACAUGGAUAUGAGUCUCAUGAUCAUGAAAAGAUUUCAGUCCAUGCAGUGAUGUGGAGCUGCUUUUUUCCAGUGCGCCAAUUAUCAAAUUAAUGCUACAUUUUUUGUAACUUCAUUCUGUUUCAACAUUCAUAUUGAGACGUCCUUUGUAUUUGAAGUGAUCUGGAAGGGAAAUCUUUAAAAUUCUUGAAAUUUAAUAUUUUUAUGAUACCUAAUAAUGUGAUGUUAGUA